ACCGAUCGAGCCAAGAACUUUGCAGUGCGUGAGGGAGUGAGAGAAUGGCGGGUGGCAAAGCAGCUCUCCUGGUGGCCCUGCUGCUCCUGAGCCUGGCCUUGGAGACCCAGGCGGACAGCGGCGGCUACGACCCCGCCCCGACGGCGACGCCGCUCACCACGUCCCACAGGAAGCGGCGUCCGUCUCCGCCGCGCCCUCCCACGCCAACGCUGCCCCCGUACACCCCGUCCCCUCCUGAGCCCACGCCAACGCCGCCGCCGUACACUCCGUCCCCUCCUGAGCCCACGCCAAUACUGCCGCCGUACACUCCGUCCCCUCCUGAGCCCACGCCACCCCCAUACGCCCCGGCCCCGAUGCCAUCUCCCUUCCUCGAGCACGGCGUGGAAGCCGACUCCGCUGGCGUACAGGCUGCCGCCGACUACGAGGAGCCGCCAUCGACGCCGGAUAAUGCUUAGGGCUGUGACCGUGAGUCCCUGCCAAUGCAUGCAGGGCCAUUCUCUCGGAGAUUAAGUAAUAUGUAGUCUGAAUAAUAAUGCAGAUUGCUUGGUUACCCGCCGCUGAUUUGUGUUCGUCCAGAGUUAGCGUACUUUCAUGCAUGUGGGUAUUGCUACUGUUGUGGUGUUACUGUAAAACCAUUAUCUGAUAG